AUGCCCCGGCAAGACAUGAUUGGAAAACGUGGCCUUCCUGCUGCGGUCUGCUUGCUGGUUGCGCUGGCUUGCCAGCCACUAGUGUGCCUGGUUCUGGGCGGAGUCUAUCAUCAAGCAGGUGAUGCUUCCCGAUUGUCGCGAACGACGCUGAGAGCGGGUGCUGCACCCCUUGGGGAGGCCUUCCAGCUUCCCCCGGAAAAGGUGGUAGAGGCCGUCUCCAAAGCCGGAACACGAGUAACACCCUCCGACGUCGCUGCUGCUGGCGGUCUCAGUUUGGAAGAGGCGCGCCGGGGCGUGGUGGAGCUCGCUGGUACUUUGGGAGCCGAAGCCGACCUGGAGGUUUCCAAAACAGGUGAGCUCGUGUACCUCUUUCCCCGGGACGUGAAGGGGGCCUUGUCGAAGGUUUCCUCCGCUGCGGCAGCUCGAGAGGCAUGGAACAAAGCGAAGCCUACUGUUUUCACAGCUCUCCGUGCUGCUUUCGGCGUGGCCCUAUUUGCCUCCAUUGCUGUGAUAUACACAGCGAUCAUUGCCAUCAGCACUUCCAGCUCCGACAGGGACCGAGAUGACCGACGAAGAGGUGGAGACUCUUUUGGGGGUGGUGGUUUCGGUUUUGGCCCGACCUUGUAUUAUGGCCCGUCGCCAUUUGAUGUGAUUUUCUACAGACCGUACUAUUCGUAUUCUUACGGCGGCGAUAUGUACGAUGAUUGGCAGUCGCGGAGUUCUCCGCCAAAAAUGGGCUUCCUCGAAUCAGUUUACAGCUUUGUUUUUGGUGACGGGGAUCCUAACGCUGGCCGCUUGGAUCGGCAGCUGGCUGCUGUGGCAGCUCUCGCCCGGCGGAACGGCGGAGUUUUGACAGCUGAGCAGAUGGCACCUUUGCUGGACCCUCCCAACUACAAGUCACCGGAGAGCACGUACAACGUGAAUGAGAGCUGGGUGCUGCCAGCAGUCUCGAGGUUAAAUGGAAGGCCCGAAGUGGCGGCUGAUGGGCAGAUCGUCUAUGUCUUCGAUGACCUACGGACGACUGCAGGUGAAACUUCUUCGCGCAAGCCACCAGCAAUCUUGGAGGAAGAAGAGGUUCCUUUCUCUUUGGCGGACGAGGGCAAUCUCACGCUCGUCGUCUUGCUCGGUGUCGCAAACCUCGUCGGAGCCGCUUACCUCGGUGCGCAGUUCGCAGGCCUUGCAGGAUACAAGCUUACAGGCUUCCUGGCUGCAGUGAAAGGCUUCUACCCAGGAUUGCUAGCUUAUGCCGUGGGUUUUUUCGCUGCCCCGGCCGUGCGCUUCUUUGGCCUCGGUAAGGCGAACAGUGAGAUCCAACAGAGGAACCAAAACCGCAAAGAUUGGUUGAAUGUCCUUCGAUCUGGUUCUGUGGACGGAAAGCUUGCCCAGGCAAGGAGCCUUCGACAGGGCAUGCGGCAGAUUGGCAGGGAGGACUCUGUCUACAGCACCGCGAAGGAGGCACAGAGCCAAUCCAGUCGCAGCGAUCUAGAAGAUUUUGAUCGGCGUCUGCGAAGUUGA